UAAUUACUGACGCAGCACCUGUCAACCUCACGCGCGCAGUGAUGCAGUAGAAAACUCGCAGAAGAGUGGAUUUAUGACUAAAAUACUGAAACAGCUGUUCUGAUAAUGAUGGGAGAAACAACUACGGGGAACGAAGUGGAGAACAGCGGAGAAACAGAAGCUGUAUCCGCAGAAAGACGACCUAGUAUCGUUACCUUGCAGAAUAUGUUGAGGAGAGUUUCCCACAGCCCUUUCCACAACCAGUAUGAGGUUGGUCAUGUCUCAGCUGCUGCUACAGAUGUGAUGGAUAAGCAGGAGCUACAUCUAAAACAGAAUGGGCUGGAAACAGAAGAUAGCCAUCUUCCUGUUGCUGCAGCACAGAAUGGAGAGCAGGAAAUGCCUAAGAAUGAAGUCUCUGGGACGUUGGACAGAAUGAAUCCCUUCUAUUCAUAUUAUUUGGAAUCUGGCAGUAAAGGGUACUUGCAGGACGCAGGGAGGAAACCUUCAGAGGAAAUGAGUUUUAAUACCCUCUUCCUCCCACCACCUGAAUUUCAAAGUUCACCCAUGGAUGCUGAAUGGGAUGUGGACAUUGUAGAAAAUCAAACAUCACAUUUUGAGCCCCCGAAAGACCUCUACCCAGAGCUUACUCAUAAUCCUAUCCCAGACAUCUUCCAGGCAUCAGCAUUGCCUCACAAUGAAUCCUCAAAUGGACGUUUCCGAGAUGUGACCCUGAACUCACCAGACCUACUUCAGCCUUUUCAGCCACAAAACCUCUCAACAACCACCGACCAGCUCAAGGAGCAAGUAGGGAAUCCUUUCCAUCCUGCUAAAACAGAGGAGUUACUCCGUGCUACACAUGCUGAUGAGGUUGAUAAACCUUUUAGUGUUUUUGUGGAUCCCUUCAAAUCUCUAAGUGAAGGAGAUAAUGUGUUCCAGUCUUUGCAGCCAACAGUGGGAAACCCAUUUUAUAAUGACACAACCAAGGACGCAGAUUUAUUUCAAUCUGUUUCAAGUAAAAACAAAGAACUCUUUGACAUCAGGGAAGGCAAACCAGAAAUGGAUAUUUUUGGAACAUAUUCUAAUGAAAAGCUCAACAUAUUCUCUACUUCAUCCACAAACACAGUGGAUCCAUUUCCAAGUCCAAUCACAAGGAAUUUAUUCCAAGACGUAUCCAGUGUGGAUGACCCGUUCGGUGACACUCCCCCAAAACAAUCUGACCCUUUCGGAGAUAUUUCAGCUGCAGACAUCUUUCAGCCUCUUCCAUCAUGGACUAAAAGCAAUGGCAUAUUAAAGACAACACCAGACACUAAGGCCACACACUCUGCAUCUCCACUCAACAUUGCAGCAGAAAAUAACCUGGACCUGCAGCUGUCUUCUGCAGCCGAUGAAUCACUGGAUCCUCUGGAACCAGAACCGUUAGGCUCUCAUUCAAACAUCCAGACUUCUGCAGCUUGGAUAACAGCUGCUGAGGGACCCAAGCACAACAUUCUUCAGCCGACUCCCUUCAGCCAGGCCUCAGGUCUGUCUGCGCCCCCCAGUCCGUCUCCAACUGAAAUGACUCAUGUGCACACCUUCAAGCGACCCCCUAAACCUCUCCCCCGAACUAGACCACCCAGGGCACUGAAGCCAGAGAAACCACCUCCACCAGAAAAGCCACCGCAGCCUGCAAUGCCUAUUGACCCAGAACCAGUUGUGCCAAAACCACCUCCUAAACCAGCUCUUCCUAAACUGCCUUCUAAACCAGCCUUCAAACCACUCCCAGGUAUUCGCCGCAGACCGAAACCUCAGCAGCACGUUAAACCUGUGGAACCUGAGAACUAUGUUGUCUUUGAGGACAUCCUCCUUCUUGGGCAGGAAAAGUGUGUUGAAGACUGGCCUGAGGACAGUCCUGAGCUUAGUCCUGACUUCAAACCAUCUGGAGCCUUAAGACUUCGGCGGGAAUCUCUGAAGGUCAAGGUAGACUCUGAUGGUGGAAGUGGUGAAGAACAGGAGGGCCCUGGAAGUCAAAGCAAGAAAAGGGACAAGAAGUUUAGAGUUUCCAUGGUUUCCAGAAGAGGAUCAAAGGAUAAGUUUCCUGAUGACACAACAGAGGGGAAGAGCAGGACGCUACCCUUUCCACGUAAAUCAUCAAAGGACUACCUUUCUGAUAUACACACAUCACCGGGAGAGAAUGAAGAUGGAGAGCAAAAUGGGAUGGACCACAAAAAAAAUGUCCUGAAAACUCAUGUCACCAAAGUCACCAGGCUGCUUCGAAGAGCAUCCACCACUUCUUCUGUCCCAGAGGGAAAACACAUGAACGGACAUUUACCUCAAGACUCUAAGGAUGGUGACUUUAGUAAGAAAAGCAAGAAAGACUCCAUACGACGGUGGUCGGAGGGCACAGUAUUGGAUGACAGUUCUGGUGUGGAAGAGGAAGGAGGUGAAGACAACGACUACACUGAAACCAAGAAAAAAAAGAAGCUGAGUAUAAAGUUUGUACCACAUAGAGGAUUCACCAUCUCCGUAAAGAAGCCCCAAGAGGAACCAAAAGGAGCGUAUGGACAUGCACUGCGCAAAGGUUCAAAGGAGAAAUCUCCAGAGGAAAUAAUGGGUGCACAUGGUUACACACCUCGGAACAAAUGGCAGUAUGAUGGAUCUGAUGAUGUAGAGGAAAAGAUAGACCUCAGUCUUCAGUCAGCAAAUCAGGCUGAUUUUGUGGAUGAUGAGGAUUUGAAGAAAACACACCAGUCCUUUGCUGGUUUAGAUGAUGAUAAUGAUGAUGAUGAUGAAGAGAUGUGUGGAAUGGGAGACUGCAAACCGAAAAAUCCUAAACACAAACCUCCUGUUCCUCCACGUAAACCGAAAACAAGUUCCAACUCCAGUGCACAGACUGAUCAGAUCAGAUUGGACCACACCACACUCCAGCAGACAUCCAGUGAGGAUGUAUUUGCAGAGGAUGAAAGGACUCCGAAAGGAAAAUAUUCUGUGAGCCCCAUGGACAUGUAUGACACGGAUCAAGAUGAACUUGACAUCUGCAAACCGAAAAAGUCCUCGAAACUAAAAGUCCUGAAAAAGCUUAAAGUCAAGAGGAAAACCAUGGAUCUGGAGUGUGAAGAUCCACCAGGAGCAACAUCUAGUGAUUACAUGUCAGAGGCUGCGAGGGCUGAGUGGCUGGCCGCUCAGAAGGACGGGCGUGUUGUGGACGGCUUGGAAGAUGAGGACGAGGAAGGGGACACUGACAGUUUGAUGGAGUGGUGGUACACUGUGGAACAAUGGGAUGAGUUACCGUCAGACGAUGAAGAAAUAGUCAUGAAAGAGGAUGAGUCCAAGUCCUUCUCCAUUCUGGCUGACAAAGUACAUCGCGGCCUACGUGUCUUCAACAAGGUUUUCACCGAGCGAGCAGAGGUCCUCUGGCAGUACAUCAUUUCACUCCACGCCAUCGCAGACGACAUUAGCACCUUCCACCAGAAGGCCAAGAUCGCCGGUAUCACUGGCGGCACCACCACCGCUGUGGGCGGCGUGGCAGCCAUCACCGGCCUCGCUCUGGCGCCAUUCACCUUCGGAGCCUCUCUUAUAGUUACGGCCGUCGGUGUGGGCGUGGCAACGGCGGGUGGGAUCACUUCAGCCUCAGCAGCCAUCUCUGACAACGUCAACAACAUGCACGACCGGAAGAAGGUGGAGGUGGUUCUAGAGGAGUAUGAGGUUCACCUUUUGGACAUUGCAAAGAUCCUCCACUUCAUCAACACCGGCCUGUACAAGCUCCGCGGCCAUCCUUUCCUCAGGUCUGGAACGCAGCACUACUCCGAGGACUGGGAAAUCCGCAGAGCCGUCCAGAUGAUCAGCCUGGUGGACUCGCCGGUGAUGAGAGCCACAGAGGUUGUGGACGGAACAGUGUCUGCGGUCCAGGGGCUUUUCACAGGCAUGGACAAGUACUUCACCAAAGACUCCAGGGAGCUGAAGAAAGGCUGCAAGAAAGAGAUGGUGGGUCAGAUCAAGCAGGUGGCCACUCUGCUCAAUGAUGGGAUAGUGGAACUGAACGCCAUCAGAGAGGAACUACAGGACGCUACAGGAACCAUAUGAACUGUAGUCCUCUGAACUACUGUACACUACCCUUUCAAUUCCUGAAAGAGCGACAGCGCCCUCUGCUGGCCUAAAUAAGAACUGACAUAAAGCAAUGAAUGACCCUGUGUCUGUAUCACAACAGGUGACACUUGUUCCUUAAACGCUGCUUUUAUGUAAAUGUACAUGUGUGCAUAUGUAUAGACUCAUGUCAAAGUCCAAAUGAGUUAAUUUAACCAGUAUGUGCCUCUAAUAUACUAUUUAGGUCUAAAAAAUAAAUAAAUAAAAUGGGGACAGAUGAUUUUCUGUUAUUGUUACAAUUUAAUAAAAUUCCUGAUCUUUAUUUCCUCAGUGUACCAUAAUGUUAUUCCAUUAUUUUAACAGAAACAUUACAUUCCUGUAAAGACCUUUUGCUGAAUAUGCAGAUAUUUAAACCUAACCCUAAGUUGGUGAAUAAAGGCUCUUUGCAAAUGUGUGUACACAUUUUGGCCUCAGGCAAUUCUCAAAAAAGGUUAUUUUUACAGGUGAGACCUGUAGUAUACAAGCAGAAAAUAAAAGAAAAUACUAGAGAACAAAAUGCGUAUUAGUGACUCAUGUAUACUGUAUUCAGAACAGAUACACCUGCUGUAUGUAUGAUUAAACAUGUUAACUAAAAACACAAAUAUAUGGAAAAUAUAUUGAAAUACAAGUGUAAAUGAUGUAUUAUUUGUCAGAUAUAAAUGUAUUUAUCAUCUUCAUAUGUUAAUGAACACCACCUCUGUCUGAAACUAUCCACAGUGAGUCAUGAAAUAAUGGAAUAAAUGCAUCAAAUGAUGA